AUGCGACUCCGAGCUCCAGGCACCAUCGACCUGACGCAGCAACGUACCAAAUCCGAAGACGGCAGCGAAGACCCCUCCACCGCGGGCUUCGUCCGACCCAUCUCGCUACACCGCCGACGUCUCGACGACGAUUCAGGUCUGCAUAAAGACGGCGACCAGAAGGACGGUGACGAGGAUGACAAACAGCGUGAACAACAACAGGCGCUGAAGGAUGAGAGGAUGCGGAAACGCCAGGAAAACCAGGCCAAGAUCGCGCCGAGCGCCAAGAACAACAGAGCUGCGCGGACGGGACCGUUCCAAAAGAAGACCGAGCAGCUCUUCCGGACCAACGACACACCGGAGGCCAUCAAGAGGCAGCAGCUGCGGUACGAGGAGGCCCUGCCGUGGCACCUCGAGGACGACAGCGGCCAGCGCUUGUAUGUCGGAACCUAUGAGGCAGCGCUGUCAGGGUGCCACGUCUUGUUGCUCCCUGAGGAAACUGGCCAAUUUCGCAUGCUGCCUCUCGAGAAGUGGUACAACUUCACAGCCAAGUCAAGGGUUGAGAAGCAGCCCCCGCCUCCGUCAGGGGCUGGAGUAAAGGAGGAAACUGCUCAAUCGGGUAUACUGGGCACGAUUGCCAGGCACCGCGCUAAGCAAGCAGCGGAUGAAGAGGAGAGGAAAUUCCUGGGCCCCAGAAUCAAGCGGCCUGGUGAGCAGGACGACGCGAAGCCUACCAGCUUCUUUGCCGGCAAACGCGACGUCGAGGAUGCCGACGUUAUUGAUUUUGAGCUCGGCGAGGAGUUUCAGGAUGACGAGGAGAGGGACAUGUUUGGGGCCGACGAUGAGGUGGAUAUCAAGGAGACGGAGGAGAAGCUCAAGAAGGAGCAGUUAAAGGCAAACGUGUUCGAGCUGGGAAACGAACAACGUGCCUGGCAGGAGGAAGAGGAACAGAAGAAGGGAGAGGAGCUCAAGAAGAAGCUCGAGAGAGACACACGUAAAGCGCUCGUCAAGCGAGAGAAGGAUUACAACUACGAGGAUGACGAGAACUACACGGAUGAGGAAGAAGAAGAAAAACGCCGCGAGGAAGAACGCAAAGCCCUCGCCGAAAACAAAGACAAAGACAAGGCAAAAUCCGACAAGCCCCCCUCCGGUGCCUCCACCAAAGGUACAAACACUCCCACCGGCCGCCCCAAGCAACCCGAGCAGCCAGCGAAACUCGCAUCCCUCAAACGCCCCGGCUCGCCCAACCUCUCCGACGCCAGCGGCAACGAGUCAACGCGGCGCAAGAAGGUCAAGAAGAACAACCAGGAUACCAGCUCAGCACUGCCCAGCCGUCCUGAUGUCGGCUCCCGCAAGCCCUCGAUCGCCAUGCGCGUGGCCGCCGGCUCGGGAAGCGACACCGAGGCUACGGCUACGGACGGCGGGAGGAAGCCGAGACUCAAGAUCCGCAUGUCGCCGAACGGCACGCCGAAUGGGAGUCGUGCUGGGAGUCCGGUGGCUGGUGGGAGGCCGAAUGGGAGUAGGGCGGGGAGUCCAUCCGCUAAUGCACCCCUCCCCUCCGUCGCCGAGAUCAUGGCGAAGAUCCCGCCAGAGGGCAUCUCGAUGAAAGACAUCAUCGCUGCUUUCAGGGAUCGCACCAAGGCCCGGCCGAUGGAGUUUGUGCAGCUUCUGAAGCAGCACUCGAGGUUCGAUAAUAAGACUAAGAUGUUCUUCCAGAGGGAUUGA